AUGGGUUCCGGUGUCGUUGACCUCACCUCCUCAAGCCCAGCUGCUUCCGAACAGGGCGGAAUAUUAGGUGCCACGCCUCGACCACCUGUAGCGCUUCAACCGCCCAUCCCGGCCGGCCACCGUGCCAAUGCCAGACCUGCACCUGCAUCCGUGGUCUCUGCGGCUUUGAGAAAAUCGAUUGACAACAUGGAUAAGCGACUUCGCGCAUACGGCAAAGACGCCGCGCGGUACCAUGUCGACACUGACUCAGAGGAAGACGUGAAUGGUGAAACUAGUAGUAAGGAUGGCGGAGAGGAAGAGGAAGAGGAUGGAAGUGAGUGUGGAGGUAAGAACGAAGAGAGAGUGAAGUGGCUGAGACCGAUAUCUAUUGGGGACGAGGAGUUCGUUCCAAAGCAAGCGACAUGCAAGAAUUGCGAUGAACAAUUCGAUGUAGAUGUCAAUAAGAAAGGCGAUUGCCAGUGGCACACAGGUAAAUAUUACGUCGAAUUUGACAAAUCCUUGGAGCUAAGAGGUCACGUCUGGGCCGAUCAUAAUGAUACUGUCAUGGCGAUCCUGCUUCGUUUAAGGAUGAUUCUGACUACGCCGAGGGCUUCAUAUGGACUUGCUCCCAAGAGCCGAGGAUUCACUCCAGGGUACCGAAGAGGAGGGCGGAGGAGCAGCUGCAAUCGCAACGAGCGAUACGACAUCAAUGAGAACGACGAGACAUCAUGUACGAGGCACAGAGGCGAAAAGACUGUUGAUUGCUGCAGUGAUUUCUGGGCAGACCACGAUGAGCGUUGCCAUGGGAGAAUGGAGUCCUUGAACAAUGACCCGGACUGGGUGGGUGGAUUCAUGUGGUCUUGCUGCGAAGCACCGAUAGACGCGCCAGGUUGUGAAUCUUCGAGCGACGAGCCAAAAAACCAAGCCAGUUCUACAACAAUCACGACAGUUGUGGAGCCAAUAAAACACCGUUCCCAAGACCCUCAAGGAUCUACAGCAAACCCAGCUACAGAGAUCAGUCAACAACCCGAGCCCUCGGUGCCAGUCACCGAGACCGCCCAGGAACUAAACAAUGCUCAGGUCGAUCAAAAGGAUGCCCAGAUCCACCAACAAAGAGCCGCAUCCGUGGAAAACCUUAAUAUAUACGACAGUUUCUUUGUCGGAGAGGAAGGUGGGCACUACGAAUAUUCCGCCGGCGUCAGAAUGGUCGGGGAAUGCAUCGAGGACUUCUUCGGAUCAAUCGAAAGGAUAACAGAUACGGACCUUUGGACUUCCUUCCGGUACAAAUUCAGCAAAUGGGAUGCAGAGGCAUUCAAGAAUGCAAAGGUCUCGGGCCCGAAUCGCAAUAUAACAGAAAGAUUACUCCGAGAGCUAAGAGAUUACCUAAUAGCACGAAAGACAAUACAUCCUCAAUGCCUCCAAGCACAUUAUCCACUCGAUAACGGCCGACUGCAACCUGCACCAGCUUCACCACGUCCCAGCAUCGGGACUCUGGACGCACUACCACUCGAAGUAUUACAGAUGAUUUUUGGCACACUCAAUCUGGCAAGCUCUGACGGAUAUCAGCGAGAAGAUAUUCCGGAAACGCGUAUCGCUGGUGCGUGUGGUGGCGGCGCACAGUGCUAG